AUGGGCAGAACAGAAAAGAAACUCUUUGUGAGUGGAAAUAAAACCAAGCUCUGUGAGAGUCAGCCUAGUUCUCUGAAUCCAAACGAUGAUGUGUUUUACUGUAACUACACAGAUGACAACUUUGACAUGCAGCUGGAGCAUGGAGACAAUUUAACUCUGACAGCUUUUACUGAAAUCUGGGGUAUUAUUGAAAAAGACUUAUUUAUCGACGACAUGUCUACAAAAUCUACAAUGUUUCGCGUUGAUUUGGUGAAGCCACAUCAAUGUCUCUUAGGCGGACCAUGUGAGGCAAAAGCACUGGAUGUUGUAAAGGAUAUCACCAAGUCUCCAAUAGAAUUGUCAUGGAACAACUGGGAAGAUGGGCUUUCUGGAAUCGAAGAAUAUAAAAUACAGGUUUUUCUGCUGAAGCUGAACAUAACAAUCUUGGCGGAAACAAAUCCAUGGCGCCCAGACGAGGAAAUAUCCCUUUCGGCACUAGAAACAAGAUAUACCUACACUCCAAAGAGAGCAGGGUUGUAUUCCUUUAUACUAAAUGUAAUAGACCGAGCCAGCAAUACACAAUGCGCACGCACCUUGGUGUUAUAUGACCCAAGUUCAAAUAUCACUCUAUCUAAAUUACCAUUUAUAGCAAGAAGCGCAGAACCUGAAACAAACUAUAAAUGGCAAAAUAACCUCAAUAAGGACAUUAUCGUGUCAUGGAAAGGACAUUUUCAGAACCAAUUCCACGAGAACAAUAAACUUUUAAAUCCAGUAGCACAGUAUAAAAAUGUCGAUUCUGUUACAAACAUUGAAAAGCACGUUCCAAACCAACUUGAUGAUAACUCGGGGAAAAGAACACUGAAAGAAAUCCGGAAUGUUUACGGUAUAGUGAAAUUUGAAUAUUUCUACAGACAUGGAGGUCAAGGGGAGAGAACCCCGCAAACCUGGUAUAAGGUGAAUGAUACAUUUUCUGAAACUCAGAUUUUUAAUAUUGAAAGAAAAGAUGGCGACACCUUCAACUUCUGGGUGAAGGCGACUGACAUCAUGGGGAAUACGAAAGUUGACUUGACGAAGAUUUCCUUUGAUUCCAGCCCACCAAAACGUUUAAACCCAUCAGACGUCAUAUUUACGAGGAACAUAGAUGUCUUUGACAGAGAAAGUGGAAUACAUAGAAUACACGUGGAACUAAGAUCUAGAAGCAAUGAAAUAUUCCAUGAAAUUGAUAUUCCAGGAAACAAAACAAAAGCUGAUCCUGGAUUGAAAACAGGAUACAAAACAUCUGUAGGAAGCUUCUUUUAUUACCGCCACAACCUGGACAUAAACAACUGCUGGUUUGUUGUGCCAGAGGAAAAAUUGGCAGAGGAGUUUGUCUUAUUAAAUCUGACUGUAUAUAACAUGGCAAUGAAACCUGCUUUUUACAGUACUAUAAUUACAGAUUUAUCCUCGCUUGACGGAAUGGAUGAAUAUCCUGGCCCAAAUAAUUUAACCAUUACUGCAACCUUUGACAAAAGUGUUCGUCUGAACUGGACGGUACCCUCAGCUUGUUACGAGAUGUCAACGGUUGUAGUAGAGUUCCGUUCACCCAAUGACCAAGUUCACGUCCGAUAUGUAGAUGCAUACUCCGACUGGUUUGACUUGACAGGACUGGAUCCCGAAACAAUUUACAACCUGUCCUUUGUUACAGAAUAUGGGCCACAGAAAAGUGACCCAGUGUUCCUACAAUUCCAAACCCUUGCUUCCACAAAUGCAGCUGUUAUACUAAAAUCUCGGUCAGUUGUUAGACAUCCUCCGUCCAGUGCUUUGAUUGCAGAUCUCGGUCAGUUGUUAGACAUCCUCAGUCCAGCGCUUUGA